AUGGCAUUCAUCUCAUGGGUAACCUAUAUCACCCUGCUUACUGGUGCUGCUGCUGUGUUUUGUCACUGUUUUGCGAAGCAAGCCAUCGGAUCGGGUAUUCCGGAGUUAAAAGUGAUAAUGCACGGCUUCAAAAUGAACAAUUAUUUAUCACUGCAAACUAUGACAGGAAAAAUUGUCGGUCUGACGCUUACGCUUGGUAGCGGACUGCCACUUGGCAAAGAGGUUGAAUCACUUUUACGCGUUUCUGCGUUAUCAGUAUAA